UGCGCGGUGCAGGUGGUUCCUAGUUUAGUGGCGCACGUGACUGUCAAGGAGAGAGAUUUUAUCCCUGGGGGUGGUGGAAGCACAAUGUCCAAUUUGGCUGCUGCGAGCUGCGAGUCGGCGCCUGCGACCUCCGACACGCAGGAGAAGAAGCCACUGAAGCCGUGCUGUGCCUGUCCUGAGACCAAGAAGGCUCGGGACGCCUGCAUCAUUGAGAAGGGGUGAAGAGUACUGCCAGGAUCUGAUCGAGGCUCACAAGGAGUGCAUGAGGUCACUGGGGUUCAAGGUGUGA